AUGGCUGACGCGUGGGUCGGGCCGCCGGUCGCCAGCGCUGGCGCUUUUUGGGCCUUUCGGGCGCCAGCAGCCCAGAUGCCAAACCGCCCUGGCGCGCCGCAGGCCGCGCCGAGCCGCGGGAGCGUCGCCUGCGCGGCGCUCUUCCUUGGAGCCCUGGGUCUGAGCCGCCUCUCUCCUGACUUUGCGGGCGCCACUCGGGAGCCAAGCGCCAGGGCUCCCACGGUCACUAGGCGUGUCUUGGUGCCUCAGCUCUCCGACUGGCGAAAGCCUUUCAAGCCCCGUAUCAAGCCGGUUCGGCCCGACCACAAGAGGUUCCCGGCUGACGAGCCCAUGAAGUCCCGGCCGCAGUUCGCCAAGUUUGCGCUCAUGGCCAAGGAGCUUUGCUGGGUGACCAGCAAGCAGCUGGAGGAUGCGCGGCGCGAGAUCGUCAAGGCCACAGGCCGCACGGCCAAGGUUUAUCUGCGCGUCUACCCGCACAAUGCCAUCACGCAGAGGAUUGCCGACAGCCGCACGGGCGCCAGCAAGGGGCGGUUCGAGUACUGGGUUGCUGCUCUGAAGCCUGGUGUGGUCAUCUUCGAGUUAGAUGUGGAGUCGGAGGAGCUGGCGCGGAUGGCGUUGAAGGCCGGCAGCCGGAUGCUGCCUUUCAAGGUGGCGUUCAAGUAUCGCGAAGAGGGCCCUGCCAUGUUCGAGCUGACCGCCUGA